UAUAAAUAUUCAGUAUAAGCUUCUGCAGUAACUUAGUGUAACCCCCACAAAAAGAAACACUAAGUAAAGACAUCGUUUGCGUUCAAUCCAUAUCUUUAGCUUCUGUCGUAAAUUAGGGUUUUUGGGUUUUUCCUGUCUGAACUCUUCUUCCUCGUCUUCUUCUCCUCUGAAACUCUUUAAGGUUUCUUGUUGGGUAUCUGUCAAAUGCCAUAAUGAGUACUUCAGCUUCGGACAAGAAUCUCACCUUCCUCUUCUUGUCUUCGUUCUUUCUCCUCAUUUCUCCUGCUCCGUGUUCUUGUUUCGUUUCAUCAUCAUCAUCAUCAUCCUUAUGGGGACAAGCCCGGGUUAUUGUUUCUCUGAAACAGGGCUUUGAAUCCUACGAUCCGUCUCUCCAUUCAUGGAAUAUGUCAAACUUCAUGUCUCUCUGUUCUUGGACCGGUGUCUUUUGCAGCUCCAAUAAUCUGUCCGUAACUCGCCUCGACAUAUCCAAUCUCAACAUCUCUGGGUCUCUCUCACCUGUCAUCACCCGUCUCUCCAGCCUCGUCGAUCUUUCUCUGUCCUCAAACAAUUUCUCCGGCGAGUUUCCCAAGGAAAUUCACAAGCUUUUCAGGCUCGAGUUCUUGAAUAUAUCCAACAACGCGUUUGAAGGAGGGCUCGGAAGUGGAUUCAAGUGGAUGAAGCAACUGGUGGGGAUCGAUGUUUAUAACAAUAACUUCAAUGGGUCGCUGCCUUUAGGGUUGACCUAUCUGCCUCGGCUCGAGUACUUGAAUCUUGGCGGAAACUACUUCUCCGGUGAAAUCCCGACAAGCUACGGGAGUUUCUUGCGGCUUAAGUUUCUGUCUCUGGCUGGGAAUGAUCUCCAUGGGAGAAUACCGGGCGAGCUUGGGAACAUCACUACUCUGAAACAGCUUUUCUUGGGUUACUUCAACGAUUUCGACGGUGGAAUACCUCCGGAGUUUGGGAAUUUGAUCGGUUUGAGUCAUCUGGACAUGGCGAAUUGCGGGUUGGAAGGCUCGAUUCCCCCGCAGCUCGGGAAACUCGGGAAUCUCGAUACACUGUUCCUUCAGACAAACAAACUGACAGGUUCUGUUCCUCCAGAACUCGGGAACAUGACCAGUCUCAAGUCUUUAGAUCUUUCCAACAACUUCUUGGAAGGGGAACUCCCAGUCGAGCUAUCUGGUCUUCAAGAACUUCAUCUGUUAAACCUCUUCUUCAACAGAUUCCACGGCCAGAUCCCUCAGUUCGUGGCCGAGUUGCCAAAUCUCGAAGUUCUUAAGCUAUGGAUGAACAAUUUCACAGGGACGAUUCCUUCGAGGCUCGGUUCAAACGGGCACUUGUUCGAACUCGAUCUUUCUUCCAAUAAGCUGACAGGUUUGAUCCCAAGAACCCUCUGUUCCGGCCGGACACUCAAGAUUCUGAUACUCUUCAACAACUUCUUGUUUGGUCCUAUCCCUGAGGAUCUCGGCCAGUGCGAAACUUUAUCGAGAAUUCGAAUGGGGCAGAAUUAUCUGACAGGUAAACUGCCAAAGGAUUUGAUUUACUCGCCGAAUCUUUCGCUUCUCGAGCUUCAGAACAACUUGUUGUCCGGAGAAAUCGAAGUAGAGACCCGAAAAGCUCCUUCGAACCUCACGCAAAUCAAUCUGUCGAAUAAUCGCUUGUCGGGUUCGCUCCCUGCUUCUAUUGGCAAUUUCAGCAGCCUCCAGAUUCUUCAGCUCGGCUCAAACCGCUUCACGGGACAAAUCCCUGAAGAAAUCGGAGGUUUGAAGAGUGUUCUCAAGCUUGACAUGAGCAGAAACAACUUCUCAGGCAAGUUGCCUCCCGGGAUCGGUAGUUGUCAGUCACUGACGUACUUAGAUUUGAACCAUAACCAGAUGUCUGGUCCGAUUCCGGUUCAGAUCACUCAGAUUAAGGUACUUAACUACCUGAAUCUUUCUUGGAAUUCUUUGAACCAAAGCAUUCCGGUCGAAAUCGGGUCCAUGAAGAGCCUAACGUCUGCAGAUUUCUCACACAACAACUUCUCUGGUUCAGUGCCCGAAUCAGGACAGUUCUCUUUCUUCAACAACACGUCAUUUCUCGGGAACCCUUUUCUCUGCGGAUUUUCUUCAAACCCGUGUAACAGUUCGCAGAACCGAUCGCCAUUACAGCUCGAAACCCGAACCAGCACCAAGUCUCAUCGCGAAGUUCCCGGAAAUUUCAAGCUGCUGUUCGCAUUAGCCUUACUAGGAUGUUCACUCGCGUUCGUCGUGUUAGCAGUUGUCAAGACUCGGAAAAUGAGAAAGAACAACUCUAACUCAUGGAAGCUAAUCGGUUUUCAGAAACUCGAAUUCCAAAGCGAACACAUCUUGGAAUCUGUCAAAGACAACAGUGUGAUAGGAAGAGGUGGAGCAGGAAUUGUCUACAAAGGGGUAAUGCCAAACGGAGAGGAAGUCGCCAUUAAAAAGCUCUUGAGCAUAGGAAGAGGUUCCUCCCAUGACAAUGGCCUGACUGCAGAGAUUCAGACAUUAGGGAAGAUCAGACACAGAAACAUAGUGAGAUUACUCGCCUUCUGUUCGAACAAGGACAUCAACCUGCUCGUCUACGAGUACAUGCCCAAUGGCAGCCUCGGAGAAGUCUUGCACGGUAAAACAGGAGCGCUCUUGAAAUGGGAAACCCGGCUCAAGAUCGCUCUCGAGGCGGCAAAAGGACUCUGCUAUCUUCACCACGACUGUUCGCCUCUCAUAAUCCAUCGAGACGUCAAAUCUAAUAACAUUCUGUUGGGUCCUGAAUUCGAAGCUCACGUCGCUGAUUUCGGGUUGGCAAAGUUCAUGAUGCAGGAAAAUGGUGCAUCAGAAUGCAUGUCUGCAAUUGCAGGCUCGUAUGGUUAUAUUGCUCCAGAAUACGCGUAUACGCUGAGAGUAGACGAGAAGAGCGACGUAUACAGCUUCGGGGUAGUGCUGUUGGAGCUGAUUACGGGUCGGAAACCGGUGGACAACUUUGGAGAAGAAGGGUUAGACAUCGUGCAAUGGGCAAAAAUCCAGACGAACUGCGACAAGCAAGGGGUCGUCAAGAUUCUCGAUCAAAGAUUGAGCAAUCCGCCAUUGGAGGAAGCAACGCAAGUGUUCUUCGUGGCAAUGCUCUGUGUUCAAGAACAGAGCGUUGAACGACCCACGAUGAGGGAAGUUGUCCAGAUGAUUUCACAAGCCAGACAGCCUUCCACUUUUCAGAUGCAGUGACGAAGUCUCACGAACAUCAUGAUCUUGUCUUGUCUUAGUAUCUGAUUUACAAUCUUAGAUUGUAAUAAUGGUUUUGUUUAGGGCUUUAGGGUGUAAAUCUCAGUUUUUUUUUUUGGGUUUUCUUGGUUUUUGUUUGGUCUUCUGUUUUUUGAUGUUUCUAAAUGCUGAAAGCUUGUGGAAAUGAAGAAGAGCUUUGGUGAUUUUGCUGUAACUUAGCUUGAAACUGAUAUAUUUAAUUCAGACUUUACAUAA